AUGUUUUUAGCUAAAUUAGAUGGAGUUAAAACUUAUAUGAGAAUGAGACGAGUGCCGAAUCAUCUUCAGGUCAAAGUAAUCAAAUGGUUUGAUUAUUUAUGGUUGACGCAAAAAUGUUCGGAUGAAGAAAAAGCCGUGAGUUGUUUGCCAGCGGAAAUAGCAAUCAACGUACAUUUGGACACGUUGAAAAGAGUUGAAAUUUUUCAAAACACGGAAGCCGGAUUUUUAUGCGAAUUAGUUCUUAGAUUAAGACCCGUACUUUUUUCACCCGGUGAUUACAUAUGUCGGAAAGGUGAAGUUGGUAAAGAAAUGUACAUAGUUAAUCGUGGGAGACUUCAAGUUGUUGCGGAUAAUGGGAAAACCGUGUUGGCAACUUUAAAAGCCGGAAGUUAUUUUGGAGAAAUAAGCAUUUUAAACAUGGGUACAGCAGGAAAUCGCAGAACGGCUUCAGUUCGCUCCGUCGGUUACAGCGAUUUGUUUGUUUUAUCAAAAAAAGACAUGUGGGACGUACUAAAAGAAUAUCCGGCGGCUCGAGUUAGAUUAGAAGCGAUAGCAGUUAAAAGACUGGAAAAAUAUAAAAGGGCACCGCUGGAAAAAGCCGCAAUGGGACGGAGUCAUUCCACUCCAGGCCUUGUAGAGUCGAGAGGACGCGUGGCACUCGAAGAAAUGUGGAUUUCACCAAUAGGAUUAGCAGUCGAUGAUAAUGCUCACAAUUCUCCUACUUUAACUUCCAGAAGUGCACCGGCUGUUGCUCAAAAUGUAAGAAGUACCGAAUCUCCAUUAUCACCAUCAUCAAGCGUUCGUUCCUCUGAAAUUCAUCAUCAUUCGCACGUUCAUAGUCAUCCAACGUCACAGCGACCAUCAACUGUACAAAUGGGAGCAAGUUUUAAUAGUAUGACUCACCUCGUCGAAGGAGAUUCAAAUUGUCUGAUUUGUCAAGAUUCACUUUUGGCCGAAAUAAAAAGGCUAAGAAACAGAUUAAUCACAUUAGAAACUGAAAAUGCUGCCAUGAGUAUGAAACUUAGUAAGCAACAGUGGGAAGUGGAGCAUAGGUUGGCAGAAAUUGAAAUGCAGAUAUGCGGAGGUAGCAGUGCCGAAUCUAGCACGGAAGAUAACGAAAGGAAUAAAGAAUCGAUAAUUUAA